AUGGAACUCAGGGUACACGGUAUAGAAACGAUGCAGUCGGAUUUGGUUAGCAUAUGGCGGCAACAUAUCCAGAAUGCUCCACCCGAGCUCGAGCAUCCGAUCGUUCCAUACCUGGUCAGAUUUCUAAGGGAUAGUAAGAUCGUUGAAUAUGUCGUGGGAAUCGACUCCCACCCGCAGCUAAUCAGUAGGAGCGGUAACAUUUUCGGAUUCUUGAUCCUGACGUCUACCUACACCGAUCUCGAUACAGACAUGAUUUGGAAGACAGUGACCCAAAGCCAAGAUUCUCGAACGGUGUCUGAAGUUCUAGGAAUGCUCACAAAGACUUUCCCGGUGCACCCGUCCAAUUCGCCAGUCCUACUCAAUGUCUGCUCAAAACUACUUGAACUUCCACUGAACCGUUUCGACGGACGAAUGGUUGAGUUUUGUGACCAUUUAUUCCACCAGAUUCGGGAGAAACAUGAUCAACGGAACAGUCUCGACAUUAUGGAUACUUUGCACGUCGACGCCAUCCCUCUGCGCCUUUGCGUACGCCUGAUUCGUGAAAGUACUGCUGUUGAGGAUGUUCCUGUGGAACACAAGGCUAUCCUGCAGCAGUUCGCGAGCUCGCAGUUAAGCAAGUUUAGUGUCGCCGGACUUGACGAGACAGAUAAAAUGGAGAUGUAUGAGCGCUGCAUCCAAGACAUUGCUGAAAUGAACCAAUUUGCUGUGGGCAGUGUACAGGCUUUGAAUGCUCUGCUCACCGGCCAGGAUCCUCAUGAAAUGCGGAAGCUAGCCACUGAGUUCGAUCUGACCCGCCUUGCGGUAGACGAAAUCGCUCAUGCCGUGGAUACGAACCAAACGGACUUUACAGACUCCUUUUCUCGAAAUGGUUUCAUGUCGCGUGUUCAUAUGCUUUCUCGCAUCAUCGACAAAGCCGCAGACAGCAUUUCGACAGAUCUUGGUGACAUGUUAUGGAAGAAAGUGUUCAUGUCGACGGCACUCGUUCAACAGGGAAGACGGGUGUUGUGGGAUAUGCUCUGUGGACUGACCAACCAUGCUUUCAAGAGAAACCCGUUCAUAGAGCGUUGUAUCCACGAAUUUGUCCCAGAACUGUCCCCGGGCGAGUAUACGCCGGAGGUGCUUGCAUUCGCGAAGCAGACCAUAGUCUAUGAGAUCCGCUUUAACCCGCCAGCGAUUGCCAACGAAAAUGAAGUGGUUACUAUUCCGGGCAUGGACCGGAUCUGGAAUUUCAUCCUCACUGCUCCUCCAGGAUCGAUCGAGACUAAUGCAACGAACUUUGCGAUUGAGGUGUAUCUCGACCACAACGUGAUCAAAAUGGCGCCGCGGUCUGCUGUUGAAGCUACACACGUUGGCCUAGUUGACCGUUGUGUGGAACAGCUGAAAUCAGCUGCUGCGAAGCUCAAAUCAUUCCACGGCCAUACGCCUGAUGGACAGGCCGAAGCGAUGGUAACACCAGCAGCUGAGGAUGAGGUCCGUUCUGCAGAACUGAGUUUUAGCCGCUCAUUGCUUUUCCUCCGUCAACUGUUGCAAGGGCUGAGGAACCGUCCUCAAUACAGCCCACCGCAAAGGCCACCGCCAGAGUUACCCGCGGCGCCCGUGAAAGGCGAGCCGAUUGAAUUCCGAUAUCAGUAUUUCGACGGUGGUGCUCAAUCGACAGUCAAUACGUUGCGCAUUGGAGACCUUUCUACUGUUUCCGAACUUACCGACAAGAUUACACAGCUUACGGGUUUCACUAAGUUCAGAACCAUCUACGGCGGACAGACAGUUGAUCUAUCUGAAAAGCCCAACCUUACGCUCCGAGAUAUGAAGCUUCGUUCAGGGAUGCUACUCAUUCGCAAGGAUGCGGACAGUCCUGUGGUACCAUCGUUUGAUAGGAGCCAAUCCAUGACACCUGUGGAUUCUGAAGUGCUCAAGCAUUUUGAUGACCUUUAUGAUCUCCUAAACCUUGAUGACAAUCUGGCCCGAGAGAUAUAUGAUUUCCUUGUGGUCUUCCCACCACAGGAGCGUGUUUUAACGCUCGUAAAGUCCCCUGAUAUAGCAGAGAAGGAUAUCCUCCCCAUGGAAAAGCCGUACAUUUUCCUUUACUCGAUGAAGGCCCUUUCAACUUUGCUUAAGGAAGCAGAAUCUAAGUCCUCGUUGGAUCCGCAAUUUACCUCUCACAGUAUCCGUGUAUUGGUUGGCGCUUCCAUACGCCCUGAAAUGUCUGAGUCACUCGCAGACAGUCCCACGAAGCUUUUGCUCGCAGCCAGCCUUGUCGAGUGUUUCCUUUUGGCCCUUCUUGCGAGAUCAUCUCCUGCGGAUAAUUCAUCCGUGAUUUCCGACCCGACACCUUUGAUUAAGCAACUUCUCCAAUUCAUAGAUGUUGGGCGUCACGUACCGUCCACCAGUAUCAGCGAAGCUGGUGUACAGAAAUUAAUUUGUAAUUCAUUUGCUGUUCUGAUUGAAGGUUCCAUGCGUGAUCAUGACUUCUGGAACGCGGUUAAGCAGCAAAUCCGAUUUGAUCGGCUUCUCUUCUCGCUAUUGUUGGAUGAGAGUCGCCAACCCGUUCGGAAAGAAAUAUCUGAGAACAUUGCUUUGGUCUGCACUCCCAUGAAACUGCUUCAAAAAACCGAAGAGCCUGAAGACCAGCAGUCAACAUCUCCUGAGAACUCUGCCAAAGUCGACAUCAUUGGAACGAUCUGGGAGGCUUUCACGCAAAUUUUGCCGGAAACUCUCAAUCAUGCACAUAAAUCCCAGGAGUUCUUUCAAGUCGCCCUUCUGGUCUUUCACUCGGUUGCUGAGAAACCUUCGCGCGAGCUCAAGUAUGAUGAAUACCUCAAGCAAUGGAGCACCGUCAUGUUGAGCCAUCAGACUGAAGAGUUUGUCGGGCGGGAGCCCGUAGAUUACCUCCUCUUAGGGUUCACUCGGCUUCUGUGGUCAUGUCUGGAUCGCGCGCACUCUGGAAACAUCCCGGUCGACACUUUUGAUCUCACCGAGAAACUGUUUGACAGAUACCUUUUCCCGGAUUUGUCAACGUCUUCCGAUGAGACAGCUAUCGUUCCUCGAGUCCCGGUCAUGCACAAUCAAACGCGUAUAGAGCUCUACAAGAUACUGACGCUGCUUAUCAGAGAUGAUCAGAAUUACUUGAAGGUGGUGGAUCUUUUGGAGGACAUCAUCCCACGAGACAACACGUACUCCCCAGCUUGGUGUUUUGACCGUCAGAAAAUGAUUCGAUCCGCAGAGGGUUAUGCAGGACUCAAGAACCUCUCCAACACAUGUUACCUGAACUCCCUGCUAACGCAACUGUUCAUGAACGUGGGGUUCCGUGACUUUAUGCUGCAGCUCCAGGUAACUGAACCCGAGUCCUCGCAGAAACUCCUGGACGAGACAAAAAAACUUUUCGGGCAUAUGCAAGAAACAUGGUUCAAGAGUGUUGAUCCCCAGGACUUGGUCGACAGCAUCCGGACCUAUGAUAAUGAGCCGAUCGACGUUACUAUCCAGAUGGACGUUGAUGAGUUCUAUAAUCUGCUAUUCGACAGAUGGGAAGCGCAAAUCGCCGACGCAGAAGAAAAGAAGAAGUUCCGGACGUUCUACGGCGGACAAUUGGUCCAGCAGAUCAAAUCCAAGGAGUGUACGCAUAUCUCCGAGCGGCUGGAGCCUUUCUCUGCCAUUCAGUGUGAUAUCAAGGGCAAGGCGAGUCUUGAAGAAAGUCUGCAGGCCUAUGUUGAGGGAGAGAUCAUGCAAGGAGACAAUAAAUACUCGUGCACAUCAUGUGGACGCCAUGUUGAUGCUGUCAAGAGGGCUUGUUUGAAAGAUGUCCCGGACAAUCUUAUCUUCCAUCUGAAAAGGUUUGAUUUUGAUAUGAUCACAAUGACCCGUAACAAAAUCAACGAUGAAUUCCAGUUCCCUGAGCAUAUUGACAUGAGUCCAUUCAAUGUUGAAUAUCUCUCUGAGCAAAACACCGAAGUUCAGCAGGAUCUCUUCGAACUUGUCGGUGUGCUAGUACACAGCGGUACAGCUGAGUCUGGCCACUAUUAUUCGUACAUCCGCCAAAGACCCACAGCUGUAUCACCAGGGCCAUGGGUUGAAUUUAACGAUUCGGAUGUUAGCAGAUUCGACCAAUCGAAGAUUCCAGAUCAGUGCUUUGGAGGCCCCACUGGAUCGUUUCAGACCAACGCCAAUAAUGUUCGGUACAACAAGGUCUGGAACGCUUACAUGCUAUUCUACCAACGCGUUUCUAGUGCAAAUGCUGCCAGAGUCGCCUACAAGCCGGCCAACAAUGAUAUCCCAGUCAGCGUUCCAGUGCCGUUGGAUCUGAAAAAUCAUAUCGCAAUGGACAAUGAACUCUUCAUCCGGACAUACUGCUUGCUGGAUCCAUACCACGCCCUUUUUGUCCAAUACAUUCUUGGUCGGCUUCACGACUUGACGGAUUCGGAAACAGUCACAAACUCUCAGUUGGUCAGAUCCACGGUGUUUAUUGCCUUGGAUACGAUAGAGCAGUUAAUAUCGAGGUCCAAGGAUACCGUGGGUCUGGAUGCAAUUGUGUCUGAAGUUUUCAAAAUGAUCACGGAACUUCCGAUGGGUGCAUACCAAGUCCUUGAAUGGGUUGUGAAACACCCGGCCAGCAUUCGCAAUUUGGUUCUGAAGAGCCCUCAUGCUGCUGUUCGCAGCAGCUCACUCAGGCUCAUCGCAGCCGCUCUUGCCAAACUUCGGGAGUUGCGAGACGGUACAGAGUCUCUUGCCGAGAAGGAAAGGUGGCAAGAACGGUACAUAGAUUCUUUUGAAAAUGUUGUCAAUAUGGUGGAGUCCCAGUGGUCCAUUCUCCACACAGCUAGCCGCUCGUGGGAUGACUAUUUUGAAUUCUUGGUUUUGCUCGCCAGCUUCGGAACUUACGAGGUUGGAGUCCUACUCGACGGCGGAUUUUUGCUCAAAUGUUUGGAAAUAGUUUGGCUCGACCGGGAAGACCCCAAGAGGUUAAAGCGGCAGUACAUGGGUUAUUCCAAACUCCUCGAGAAAGGCCGUCGGUUCUCGCACAAGAAACUCGCUGACCUUUUGUUCAACUUGCUAACGCAUAUCGAUCUUGCUGCCCCUCCGACAGUCGACGAUGAGCGACAGCCUCUGCGAGAUGGUAGAUACCCCCUGAAUGUGAUGGAAAAUAACUUUAUUCGCCCACUUGGAAGGAACAGGGAGCUGGUGGUGAUUAAGAAAAUCCUCCAGCAGCAGAACAACAAUCCUCAGACAACUAUGGACAUAUUUGGUGUGUUCUUGGACGCAGAGCCCGAAGCUUGUCUUAUGGAACCAAUCUGCCAGGUUUUGGAAGACGGUCUCAGAGUUGAGCCUGCGGAGUUCUGCGCACCAUUUUUGGAGGCUACCUUGCACCUCUGCCGUCGAAGUCCCGACGAGGAGCACAUUAUCUACAUGAUAGAUUAUGUUGCUAAGGGCGUUGAGUCGAUAAAUGGCAGUGGAGGGGCCGCUCACAUUAGUUUCUUCACGAACAUGCUGGAUCUCCGAAAUGACCGACUUGGUCUCAACCAGGCUUGGUUCUUGUCACAAUUGAUCGAUAAGAUUCCGGACUGGGCUCCGACAUUGCUCGUUUACCCCGAGAGAGCGGUUAGAAAUAUGACUCUGGAAGUCCUGCGCCAGAUACUGUUUACUGGAGAAAGCGAGGAGAUGGGUGAAGACUGGCAGUCACGUCACACUGAGGUUGCCAGAGAACUUGUGCAAGUGUCUGUUGACAGGCUGAGGAAGACUUAUCUGUCAACCCCGGGACAGGCGGUUGAAGCGAAUGUCAUUGAGGCGAUGAAGGCUGUUAUCGGCCACUGUUUGGUCACGUACUUUGGUGAUAGUGAGGAGGAUCAGGAGUUGAUUCACCAGGCGCAGACGGUUACUACAGCCAUCGAAGAACUCACCGCGGAUCUCCCCGAGGAGCUGGUUUCCGAGCCCAAUGAGUGGGAGAAUGACUUAGUGAUGCCCAGCGACUCUGAGGAGAUUGGUUCUCCAUAA